CUGCCCCUUUGAGGGUGGGCUGGGGGAGGGUAGGCAGGGCACAAAAGGCAUUGGGGACAGUGAAAGGCAGAUGGAAGUGGGGGGAUAGAAAUGGGAAAGAUUGACUGGCUGAGUUGUUUGCGUAUGUGCUUGGUGUGUGUCAGGUGUAAAGGUGGGCAGUGGAUGCUGAGGAGGACGGAGAGCCCAGGUGAUGGGCUGAAGGGCUGGGCCUUUACCCUGCAGGAAAGAGGCAGUCAUGGAGGGCUUUGAGCAAGGGAUCAGUGUGGGCAGAGCUGGCUUCUGGUGGUUGGAGGAGGGGCUGGCAAAAGGGUUGCCAUGGAUGAGGGGGGAGGCCACCUCUGCCUUCCCUCCUCAACCCCGUCCAGGGCCAUCCUCGUGCGGAGAGAUGAGGUACGGCUGCUGAGCUCUGAGUUCACCCCAGAGACUGAGCGGCAACGAAUCCAGCAGCUGGUAGGUGUCCUUGGCAGGGGGAGACUGUGGAACCCUGCCCUAAUUCCUGUGUCCAGAGCCACAAAAGGCCAUAGGAGGGAGCCUGGCCUGAGCACAGCCUCCCUACCCCAGGCCUUUGUCUAUCCUGAGCUUCUGGCUGGUGAGUUUACCCGGCUGGAGUUUCCUCGGCGGCUGAAGGGGGAUGACUUGGGGCAGAAGGUUUUGUUCAGGGAUCACCACAUGAGCGGCUGGAGCUACAAACGUGUGGAGAAAGCAGAUCUCAAGUACCCGCUGAUCCAUGGACAGGGUCGGCAGGCUCGGUUACUAGGAACACUGGCCGUCUCUCGGGGCCUAGGAGACCAUCAGCUCAGAGUCCUGGACACGAACAUCCAGCUCAAGCCCUUCUUGCUUUCUGUCCCACAGGUAACUGUGCUGGCUAUGGAUCAGCUGGAGCUACAGGAGGAGGAUGUGGUUGUCAUGGCAACUGAUGGACUCUGGGAUGUCCUGUCCAAUGAGCAGGUUGCAUGGCUGGUACGGAGUUUCCUCCCUGGGAACCGAGAGGACCCACACAGGUUCUUGGAGCUGGCCAAAAUGCUGAUACACAGCACACAGAGGAAGGAUGGUCCCACAGGGGAAGGGCAGGUGUCCUACGAUGAUGUCUCUGUGUUCGUGAUUCCCUUGCACGGCCAGGGCCAAGGGAACAGUGGCCACUGAAGAUUCAGACACUGCAUCCCAGAACCACUCCAGUGCGGGGUACAGUCUGGGCACCCCUCCACUGUGGCCAAGAGCAGGUCUUGCCUGCCCUGUCCCCACCCAUAGCCCAGUGCUCUUGCCAUCCAUCCAUUUCAAGGGGGAACACAUACCAGUCAGAGCUGGAAGUGUGUGGACUGCCCAGCCCACCAGAUCCUGUUUGCAGUGAUAAACAUCUCUCUGGCAGAGGCACUUUACAACUUAAGAAAACCAAGUGAGGCUCCUCAGACAAGAUCCUCAACAGCCCCAAGUAUUAGUCUCAGAUAGGGACACCUGGGCUAAGGGUAUUAGCCAGAGAUGCCACCAGGGGCAGCUAGCUGUGUUUGGAUCCAGGUCUCCAAUCCAUGGAUGUCAGGGCAUCUAUUCAGCAACCCCCAAAGUCCAUGCAUGGUACCUUAUAGAAAGCUUUGGGCAACCUCACAUCUGCUAGAACAGCCAUCUUGAACACAGACCCUGAGAGGAGACCAGCUCAGGUCCUGCCCUGCUCUCCUCUGCCAUUGGAGGUGAGACACAGGCCCUGGGGCUAAAGUUGUGGGAGAUCAAAAAGGGCAAGAGAAGCUCCCGAAUUGGUUGGGCUUGGUUGGGCGAGUGUUCUCCAGUUGCUACCUAUAGCCUGGCCCUUGCCCUGCCUUAGUCUGAUACCCCAAUGAUGCCUUUGUUCCCCAUCACCUCCCUGUUAUUAAAUGUUUGUGUGCAGAAGA